UCUCCGUGCGCUCCGAGCGGCACGUCGCCCGGCCCACGGAGCACCACCACCGCGAGUGCGGAGCACGGACCCAAAGAUUCAGAGGCCAGGAGGCUCCGACCUCCCCCGAAUUCCUCCGAGGCGCGGGCGACGGCGGUCGGCGAGAUGGAGGCCGCGGUGCCCAGCCGUGUCGCGCUCUCGGCGGCGAGCCGCUUCCCAAAUCGCCACGCGGUGGCAGGGGAUAGAUCGUGCAUUUACAAGGGACGGUGCCAAAGUCUUGCGAUCCCUAUGGCUCUGUCAGCAGCUGCACCAGGCAAAGGCGGUGUGCUUGAUCGGCCGGUAGAGAAAACUACUCCUGGUCGUCAGUCUGAAUUUGAUGUGAAGAAAAAGCGCAAGAUGACGCCCCCAUACCGCGUCAUCCUGCACAACGACAACUACAACAGGCGCGAGUACGUCGUCCAGGUCCUGAUGAAAGUGAUCCCGGGGAUGACCGUGGACAACGCGGUGAACAUCAUGCAGGAGGCACACGUGAACGGGCUCUCGGUGGUGAUCGUCUGCUCCCAGUCCGAGGCCGAGGAGCACUGCACGUCGCUCAGGGGCAAUGGCCUGCGGAGCUCGAUCGAGCCCGCUAGCGGUGGCUGCUGAGAAUGGGUGCUGAUGUUUCGCCGCGUAUAUUUUGUAAAUACCCUGCGUCACAAGAUAAGCUGAAAUGGGUUGCAGGCAGCCGUUGGUGCUGCGAAGCGGAAUACCGCUUUGGGUAGGUGUAAAUCUUGUAAGGGUGCCCUGUAGAAGAACAAACAUAGCGUUUUGGGUUAUGAUUAUUCAUGGAACAUUUUUGUUA